AUGCCCCGCAUCCUCCCUCGUCUCUUGAAAAAGAUAGAAAGCCAGGCGCACAAACAAAAGUUCUUCAAGUUCAGCCUUCCACGAAAGCGCAUCCGAAAGUCUCUCUACAAACCUCCCCUGCAAGCGCCCUCUUUUCAGCCCUCCCAUCAUGCGCGGUCUAUUUUGCUGACGCCUCUGAAUCCUAUCACGAAUGCCAAAGACUACGUCAAACACAAGAGGAUACCGCCCAGUUUAAACAAGCCAGGCAAAGUAGAUCCAAACGAUGUUGACCCUGCCCGCCAAAUGUCCAAAGACGAGAUGCGGUGGUGGGCCAAUCCGUAUCACAUGCUCAUUCGUCUGACCGGGAUGCGCAUACCAUCGUCUAAUCCCCACCGAGACAAAAGAAACCAGGCCAAGCUAGUUCCCGACGGGAUUCUACAUCCAAAGUAUACAAAUCGCAAGGUUUCUGGUGGAAUGUACACCCUAUGCUGGCGGCAGGCGAUUAGACAGCUUGAAAGAGGUGCCUACAAACGCAUAUCCGCAGAGCUUUCUUUAUACUCUUCUCUCGAGCAUCAGAUUGCCCACCUUCUGCGGCUACGCAUCUUACAAGAGUUUGAACUCUUGGCAGAGUGCCUGGAAUUCUCUGUUAAACGUCACAAAAACUUGGGAGCUACCCCGAUUCUUCGUAGGCUAACAUACGACGAGUGGGGCUUGAUGCGGUCAACGGGGUCAUUGCCUUGCCAAAAUGCUCUUGCCAUUCUGAUUUGUCCUCCUCUUAAUCGAAACUGGCGCACUGGGGAAAGACCCAAGGGCUCUUUUUCUGCCUUGCCUCCGGCAGAUGAACACGCUUUAACAAACCUGCCACCAACAUCCACAUUGAUUUCGGCUUCUGAAGAUGUGAGCCUCGAAGAAGUAUCCGACACAUUACCACAACUCCAAGUCCCCCUAUAUAACUGUAUAUCGGCCUUUCCCAGUGUAUCUCAACGAGCUGCAUUGCAUACAUUGCUUCUACGAAUCUUGACCACUGAGCGGUUUGUGAAAACCUUUAACAAGAACAAUAGGAAUUCACACCUCAUCAAACCAUCGCGAAAACACAGUCCCGCCUUUUUGCUCUGUGCCGAUGAGAAUACAAUUCAUAGAGGGGAUUCAGCAGCGGUGGCUUUGGCUUUAUGGAGACUGCGUAUGUACGACAGUGAGGGCUGGCAGAGUCCUCAACACAACACAACAUGA